CAGUCAAAUCCCAGCAGUUGUUGUUAAAUAGUGUCGCAGUAAACCCUGUUUGGAGGAACAGGAGGGCAGCUGGAACAGAGACGGUCCAAGAUGAAAAAUGAGCAGGACAUGGAGACGAAAAUGCAGACAAGCCAAAAAGAGAAACAGAGCUCAGACCUUCACAGAUGCUGUCCCAGACGAGCACACACUGAGACAGUACCCAGGGAUAGACAUUGACGGCAACAUGGAUUCUGGCGCCUCGCGAGAGACUCCUCAGAGCGGCCUCACAGACAGGAGCGGCAGCUUCUUCAAGCUAAUCGACACGUUUGCGGUGGAGAUAGGGGAGUUGAAGAAGGAGAUGGUACCGACGUCUCCAACAGCACACAAGGAUCCCAUGGACCUACAGGAGCUGGAGAGUGAAGUGAGUGGCAUCUAUCUGCAGUCUCCUCUGUGUGGCGGGGCAGGGGGUGAAAGGGAUUCUGGAUAUGAUUCCUUAAGGAGGAGGAUGAGCGUCUUGGACAGGCUGACUCAGACUCACCCUGUGUGGCUGCUGCUGGCAGUCAGUGAAGAGGAGGCCAAGUGCAUUCUCCUCAAACAGCCACCAGGGGUUUUCCUGGUCAGAAAGUCGGCCACUCUGCAGAGAAAAGUUCUCUCUGUGCGUAUGAGGGAGGAUCAGACCGGAACUCCCAUCAGCCACUUCACAGUCAGAGAGAGCCAGUACACCUUUUCUCUUGAAGGAUCUGGGAUAGGUUUUGCUGAUGUCUUUCGUCUGGUGGCGUUCUACUGUAUUAGUAGGGAUGUUCUUCCUUUUGUACUCAAACUCCCAGAAGCCAUUGCAUCUGCCAAGACUCAAAAAGAACUGGAGGAGGUCGCUCAGCUUGGAGCAGGCUUUUGGGAUUCUGCCCUGUGCAGUCAGAGAUGCAUCUCCCCCCGUCCGUGUCGUCCUCUGAGCCGUACCCUCAGCCCACACCGAAGUAACAGGAACCGAGGCAUUGAAGGGUCACGGUUCUCAGCACAUCAGAGACAGAUUGUGGCUCACAGCGACAGUGCCCCUCCAACACUCCGAUCCCACUCUUCUGCACUUUCCUCUGGUCUGGAGAGAAGAUCAUCCAGCGGGCCUCUGUGCUUUGUCAACCCCCUCUUUCUCCAGACCAUACGCCAUCGCCGCUGUGAAGAGGACUUGCCGCCAGAUGUUGUCAAGUCCAAUAACAAUGUUGUGACUGCGGGCCAGUCAUCUGAGCAGCCAUUAGGCAGUAACCAGGGCAGCGACCAACACGGAGACGAGAUCAAACUGAACGGUAAAUCACGGCCUCCUCCCCCUCGCCCCCCUCCCCCUCGCUCAAUGCCACGCCGGCGUCCUGCCCCACCCCCACCUGGACCACCACCAGCAGCUACCACUAAACCCACGAGUAUGCCAGAGGCCAUAGCUACAGCUGCAAAACAACGCCAGUCCUCCAGCAAGCGCCCAGCACCCCCUCGACCACCCAUGGGUGCCAAACAAAGCAGCCCACCCAAGAAUGCCAACUCGCCUACCUCUACUGCAUCCAACCCUCCACCUCCGAGGCCUAAAAAACCUGAUCUCGAAUCUCACCGCUGCCACAUUGCUCUGGAUGAUGAGACCAUCGCUCGGGCUCUGUCCCAUGCCAGGCUUCCAUCUGGCAAGUUGCAUCUGUCUGUCCCUGCUGAUUUAUUAGAGGAGAAUGACGCCGGCACUCUGUCCAGCCUCAAACGAAAGACUUCCAUGACUGAGGGGGGACGCCAGUGUCUCAGUGACUUGAGCAUAUCUACAUCUUCUUCUGACUCCCUUGACUACUCACAUUCCCCUGGGUUCUCUCUGGGCCAAGGCCCCAAGCCUUCACAACACCUCAAUCAACAAGAACCCGUAGAGGACAGCAGUGACGAGGACGGGGAUGUGGAGGAAGACGACGAGGACUACGGGGUCGGCUUGGAGACAGACCUGGAAAUGCGCCUCCGUCCGCCUUUCAAAUUGCGACGGCGAAAGGUUGGUGUGAGCCUGAGCGGGAAACCGUUUGUGAUCCCCAGGGUGAUAAAGGGACGCUUCCGCAAGGUGAGCGGGAUGCUCAGCUCACUUAUGACGCCGGAAAGACGGGCAGUGAAGAGAAUCGCCGAACUGUCCAGGGACAAGCGGUCAUAUUUUGGUUCUCUGGUCCAGGAAUACGUCACCUUUGUUCAGGAGAAUCGGACCUGUCACACAUCAGGGAUGGAUUUUUUGCAGACUGUCAGGCAGUUUAUGACGCAGAUGAAGGCUUACCUGCGCCAAAGCUCUGAGCUGGACCCUCCCCUGGAGUCGCUCAUACCUGAGGAGCAGAUCGAUCAUGUGCUGGAGAAGGCCAUGCACAAGUGCGUUCUGAAGCCCCUGAAGCGAGUGAUUGAGGUGGCUUUACACGACUUCCAAGUGAGCAGCGGAACAUGGCAGCAGCUCAAAGAAAACUUGGCUCUGGCUAAGACCAAGAAGCCCCAGGAACUCGGAGUGGAUGGCGCCAUUCCGCCUGACCCCAUGGCUAUUGAGAGGAUCCGCCAGAAGUUCCUGAACAUGAGGAAGAUGUAUUCCCCUGAGAAAAAAGUGUCACUGCUGCUGCGUGUGUGUAAACUCCUAUACACCAUAAUGCAGGAUAAUUCAGGGAGGAUGUACGGCGCUGAUGACUUUCUGCCCAUGCUGACUUAUGUGGUAGCUCAGUGCGACAUGCCUCAGCUGGACACGGAGAUCCAGUACAUGAUGGAGCUGCUGGAUCCGUCACUGCUACACGGAGAGGGGGGUUACUACCUGACCAGUGCCUACGGCGCUAUGGCCCUCAUCAAGAACUUCCAGGAGGAGCAGGCAGCCAGGGUGCUGAGCUCUGAGGCCAGAAACACAUUGCAUCAGUGGCACCGCCGGCGCACCGCCCAGCGUUCAAUACCCUCUGUGGACGACUUCCAGAAUUAUCUCCGUGUGGCCCUGCUUGAAGUGGACACAGGCUGCACAGCCAAAACCCUGCAAGUCCACCCUUACUCCACCACAGAAGAAGUCUGCUCACUGUGUGCAUUCAAAUUCAAGAUCCCCGACCCCGAGAAUUACGCACUGUUUCUGUUCAGUCAGGACACCAGCCAGCAGCUCGCCCCAGACACACACCCUCAGCGAAUCAAAGCUGAGCUCCUCAGCCGACCGCUCGCACAGACUUUCCACUUUGUCUACAGGACGAUACCAAACCUCAACCUCUGCAUGCCUGCUGUCACCCACAGCAGAAACUCUCCAAAGACAGCGUGACACCUCAAAGAGCUUGAUCUCAAAAGACAGAAAUAACAUUCUUUUUUUUCCAUCAGUUUGUACCUGUAAAGCUGAAUCUUAGCAUUUUGAUGUGGAUAUUUAAUGUGUGAGUGUUUUCUAUUAUUAUUAUUAUUAUUAUUAUUAUUCCCCCUUUGGAAAUGAUAAAGAGAUGUAGUACUUUUUGUGAUAAACCACAAAUUGGGAGGAGGAUGAGGUCUGGAAAGUGCCAAGAGUGUAGUUGAGAUCUGAUCAGAAAAUGUCUAAUUAAUUCAAGUUGAAAAAUUUGGUGCGUAUCUGAUUUGCCUUAGUUGUAUCGUUAGUGCAGAUUUUUGGACUGUGUACAGAAACAGAUUUGCAGGAUAACAGGUUAAGUUUCGUCUUGUUCGUAAGUGGAAAGUUAUUAAGAUUACUGGACACGUCAAGGUCACAUAUACAAGUAUAUUGUAUUAUAUUUAAAUGCUGUAUUGAAAGUUAUUCAAAUGGAUUGGAACACAAUUUGAAAAAUCUGUCAUCAAAUUGUUCCAAAUGAAAAUGUUAAUGCUGAAACAUUAACAAGGAAAAGACUAAUGUUUUGUAAAGGAAUAUGUGUUGCUUUUUUUUUUUUUUUUUCGCUACAGUUGCUGGCCAAUUGUAGCUCACAUUUCAUUUGAGAAAUAUUUUUAUACUCAGAUAUAACUGUGCAUCCCAAAA